UUUUGUCUAUGUCUAUUAUUCUCUGAAAAAAUGACGGUGGUCUGUUUGGGUUAUUGUAUUUUCUUGGUUUUACUAUCGUAGCGCAAUGGAAAAUUACGAUAAAAUGUACUGUCGGCUAUGCGCGGAGUGCAAAGGACCGGACAAGUUACUUGACCUAGACAAGGACAGGGAAAAGUGCGUGGAAAUCAACAAAAAGCUCGAGCAUCUCAAUGCUGUGUCUGUAAACGUUUCCAAUCACGAUAUGCUGCCUAAAACCGUGUGUUACGUGUGCUGGGACUCCCUGAACAAAGCCACAGAGUUCCUAGACAGGUUGCUAAAAGCACAAUCUAUUUUAAGCAAGUUAUUCCCGAGAAAAGAGUCAUCAAAACAAGACCAUUCCGACGAAGAUGUCACCCAUACCUUUGAUGAUAUUUUCUCUCCACAACCUCACAACGACGACGAAGAAGUGAAAAUUAAAGAAGAGAACAUUCCACUCAUAAAGCUAAAGGCAUACAAUGAGUCUAUAAAUGCGGUAAACCAUGCCAACAUGUCGACAACCAUAUCUAACACUACUUCGGUUAAACUGGAACCGAAAGAAGAGUCUUCUGAUAGCCCUCACAGCUCAGAAGACGCACCUCUAGACAGCACAGACCCAUACGGUCUAAAUGUACAAGCGUUACUAGAUGCUGCUAUCGGUGACAUACCAUUUACACCAAACAUCACAUUAUAUGCUAAAGAGCUGAAGGUGAGGUCCAAAAAGUCCAUUAAAAAGUGGAAGGACUAUCCGUGGGUCUGCAUACAUUGUAACCACGAGUUUCCAGAUGUUCAGAUCCUCAGGGUCCACUGCAGAGAGGUGCACAACAAGUGUGCUACAUUCACUUGUGUUCACUGCGACAUGUCCAAAUGUUAUGAUUAUGAUUCCUUUGUUAACCAUGUUCGGAUACAUAAGAAAAGUUUAAGAAAUCUAUGCCAAUAUUGUGAUAUAAAGACUGAGAACCUAGAGCAACACUUAGAAACCCACUUUAAUAAGUCCCAAAGAGCUUGCCCUGAAUGCGGAGAAAUAUUGAGAAACGAAGUUGCUCUCCUGAAACAUACUAGAGAAUUUAACUGUGUAAAAAUACGAAAACCAAGAAGAAAACGCGGCACCCCUAUAACCGAAGCCGACUUGACCUGUAAGCUGUGCCAUAAAGUGUACAAGAACCUGAAUAGUUUACGUGACCACCACAAACUGCACACGCAGGAGAGGAAACGAAACUACACCUGUGACCGGUGCGGGAAAACUUUCUUCAACAAAGGGACGUUAACAACACACAUAAUGUCACAUGAUAAAAUUCGUCCCCAUGUGUGUAAAAUCUGUAACAGGUCAUUCCUGUUUCCUAAUAUGUUACGAAGACAUGUAGAAAUGCAUUCCGGCAUCAAGCCAUACUCGUGUGAGCAGUGCGGGCGCUGUUUCCGGUUACAAUACCAGUUGAACGCACACAAAAUUAUUCACACCGAUUCCUUGCCAUACAUUUGCCAGUACUGCAGCAAAGCAUUCCGAUUCAAACAGAUACUGAAAAACCACGAAAGGCAGCAUACAGGAGCGAAACCAUACUCUUGCCAAUUAUGUAAUAUGGAGUUUACAAACUGGUCUAAUUACAACAAGCAUAUGAAACGAAGGCACAAUACAGAUACGUCCAAGAAGAAAAUAACUCCAGAAGGUGUGUUUCCGGUGAACCCUCUGACGGGACAGCUGAUCCAGAUUGAAGAUCCCGAAGGCACUGAGGCUUGGAAGAAUUCUAUCAUGAUUCCUGGCAAGAGAGGAAAGAAAAAAGUUAUAAAACAAGAAGUUACAGCUAAACACGAAUAAAGAGUUAUAUUUCAAAAUGGCUAACAGUAUUAUUUGGUUUGUUCACAUUUUUCGUGGAUGUGCAUUGUAAGUUUGGCCUGUUUGAUUUA